CCAUGUGUUAUUUUCCGUCAGGACCCCGGGAAGCACACCGACUGUUUACGGCUAAGUUUAUAGCUGUAGACUAUAAUAAUCCAGUAGGAAACUUGAACACAAUUAUGAAAGUCACUGAUCUCGGAACAAGAAAAUAAUAGAUAAUCAGCAAACAAGGUCUUGGUAUGAAACACCUGACAAUGAGAAUUUAAAUAAGGAAGUAAACCCUUUCGGUAGCUUUCAGCAUUAGCUGCACACACAGUCAGAUAUGUCGCUAAUAGUUCCUGUAAUUGAUGUCCACAAUGAUAAUUUUAAGGAGCUUUGGCCUGCGUUGAUUGUUGCCAUUAAAACGUCGUCCUUCGUUGCUCUCGACACGGAGCUGAGUGGUCUGGGAAAUAGAAAGUCUUUGCUGGCAGAAUCUAUAGAGGACAGGUAUAAAGCAAUAUGCCACGCUGCUCGCUCCCGCUCCAUCCUCUCCUUGGGAGUUGCCUGUUACAAAAAGCUGGACCAAAAGCCUGCAGACACAUACCGUGUCCAGGUGUAUAACCUCACCCUGCUGUGUUCAGAGGAGUACAUCAUAGAGCCCCAGUCAGUCCAGUUCCUCGUGCAUCACGGCUUUGACUUUAACAAACAGUACAGCCAUGGUGUCCCUUACUGUAAGGGCAACAAUAAGGCAGAAACAGAUAACCGUGGCGUUCACAUCCGAGCGUUGUUCACUGAACUGCUGCGUGCCAGAAAACCACUGGUGCUGCACAACGGCCUCAUCGACAUGGCCUUCCUAUACCAGAGUUUCUAUGCUCAUCUCCCUGAGCGCCUGGCCACCUUCACAGCUGACCUGUCUGAGAUGUUUCCUGCUGGCAUUUAUGACACCAAAUAUGUGACCGAGUUUGAGCUCCGACUGACGGCUUCCUAUCUGGAGUAUGCUUAUAAGAAAUGUAAGCUGGAUAACAAUCGCUGUGUCGCCUCUGGCUCAACAGGACCUCAUGUCCACGUUGAGUUUUGUCAGUAUUCUGGUCACAUGUCCACCUACGUGGACUACAGAGAAUGUCCGGCUGUAACGUCCUCAGAGGAACAAUCUGACGUCUGUGAGCGCUUCUCAGCGUUUGGCUGGUGUCCAAAUGGCACCAAGUGUCCACUGUCCCACAAUACGGACCUCAUCAUCCUGCAGGAUGAGAAAUGCAGUCAGGACAAGAGAAAGAAAAGGAAGAGACAGAAGGAGAAAAAAAGAGGUAGAGGAGAGACAAYGGAGGGGUCCGCUGUCGUUGAAGACGUCCCUCCAAACAAAAAGCAAAACAUGGAAGUGGACAAAGAAGAAACAUCGAGCGAUCAACAAGAAGCUGCUGCCGAGUCUCAAACGGACACUGAUGGAAACGGCAAACAGGACGAAGAGCAGGAUAUGAAAAUGGCUAGCGAGGAAGAUGGGAUGUGUGGCGACAAAACGGAUGUCAUAAACUCUGAAACAACAGCCGACGACCGCAGAACAGGAGCCGCUGACAGGUCUGACGACGCUCAGAGGAAGACGAAGGCCGACGCGGGAACACACCGGGCUGGAUUUGAUGCCUACAUGACGGGAUAUAUCUUCGCCUUCUCCUGCGCUCUCACCAAGAAGGAGGAGGUUGGAGCGGCAGGAGGAGAGGUGGAGCAGACGUGGCAUCCCGACUGCGUCAAUAAGAUCUAUCUCAGUGGAAAAGCGGCACCGCUCAAUGUGGUCAAAAGCACCUUCUCCAAAUCAUCCAAGGCUCACGUCCAGAAGAUGGAAAUGGUGUGGGGUGAAAAAAAGUAGUUUUUCCACACUUUUCCACAUCAAACAMUUCAGUGUUUGGACAGAUUUAAACAGAACGAGCUCCAUAAUUUUAAGUCGACAGAAUUGUAAAAUAUUUAAAGAUUUCGAAAGUAAUUUUCAGUUAAUAUUAAUAGGAAAUUGGACCUGACUUCUGCUUUAUUUGAUCAUUUCAUUGAACAUUUUAUUGAACUUCUGUUCACUUAUUUUUUUUGAACUGAACAGGUUUUUUAUUUUGUAUUCUCUUAGAAACCAAAUAAUUUUAAAACAAUUAGUACAAAAGCCUACUUCAUUAAUUAAACUUAAUAAUGAUCAAAACAAGAGAAAUCAGAGUGCAGAGGCAUCCCAGUCUGUUAACUCAUUUUACAGGAAACCGUGCAAAAUGUUUGUGUUUUGUUUCUUGUAAAUAAAAGCUCCAUCACAAUUA